AAAAUGGCCAGACAGAAUAACGAUUCUACAGUGACUGAGUUUGUCUUGGAGGGAUUGACAGGUAAACCAGAACUCCAACUGCCUCUCUUCUUCGUGUUUCUAGUGAUAUAUGUUGUUACUGUGGUUGGGAACCUGGGGAUGAUCCUCCUCAUCUCUUUCAAUUCCAAGCUCCAAUCACCCAUGUACUUCUUUCUUGGUAAUUUGUCAUUUCUAGACCUGUUUUACUCCUCAGUUGUUACUCCCAAACUCCUGGGAAACUUUGUGUGUGAGAAAAAUGUAAUUUCUUACAAUGGAUGUAUGACCCAGCUCUUCUUUUUUUGUGUUUUUGCUAUUGCUGAAUGCUAUAUGCUGACUGCCAUGGCAUACGACAGAUAUGUCGCUAUCUGUAGUCCACUGCUCUACAAUGUCACCAUGUCCCCAAAGGUCUGCAAUAUGCUCGUUAGUGGAGUCUAUAUCAUGGCUUCUUUUGGAGCUAUGAUCCACACUAUUUUCAUGACAAGGCUUUCCUUCUGUGGGGACAACAUUGUCCACCAUUACUUCUGUGAUAUACUGCCUCUCCUAAAGCUCUCCUGUUCCAGCACCUAUAUCAAUGAGUUUCUGGUGAUAAUUGGAGGUGGAUUCAAUAUGUUAGUAACAACUGUGGCCAUUAUCAUCUCUUAUUCCUUUAUACUCUCCAAAAUUCUUCGGAUACCCUCAUCUGAAAGCAGAUCCAAAGCAUUUAGUACCUGUGGCUCCCAUCUUACAGUUGUUGGCAUUUUAUAUGGAUCCAUGAUAUUCAUGUACUUAAAACCAGCAUCUAAUAAUAUGGCCCAGGAGAAAGUGGCCUCUGUGUUUUACACCACAGUGACCCCUAUGCUGAAUCCUUUGAUCUAUAGCUUGAGGAAUAAGGAUGUGAAGAAUGUGCUCAGCAAAGUCAUCGGUAUGAGGUAUGAACAACCCUAG